AUGCCCGCUGGAGUGACUCUUGCACAGUACGUGCGAUUCUCGGCAGCUGCCUUGCUGACCAUGUUUGUUGGUUCCCAGUGCGUCCACUACUACUAUCGACCUCUGCAAGACCUUGACAAAUUGGUCCAGCAGGAGGUGGAAAGGAGGAAGUUCGUAGUUAAAUAAUUAGAUAGCCCAUGUAAAUGAAUUUGUUGGUGUAAUUAAAUCAUGUUUUCCUAAUAUAUUAAUAUAUUUAUUUGAACAA